UACCACGGGCGAACCUUUCGACUCAGUUUUAACGCGCACGUUUUGUGAAACGACAACUAUGCUAUCGUUCGCUAAUUAUUCAAAUGGGAACCGCUUGUGGCGACAAAAAUAGCCAUAAUUUCACGAUUUAUUGUUUCACUUUUUAUUUUCUUCCGCGUCAGUCGAGUCUCCGCGAUUCUUAAUAUCGUUUAAUCAUAGUUUAUUUUUAACAUCGUGUGUUAAUCGUGUUCGGGGCCUCUAUUUUGUUCUAGUAUUUGAUUGAAGUUCGCGGAAGUAAUUUGGUCCGUAAAAAAUUCGCGAUCAAGUUUGUUCACCCAAAGACCCAGUUUUAAAGAUAAAUCGCCGAUGAUAAUAUACUCUUUGGUUUUUGUGAUGUGAAACUUUUUCGAAGUUCGAAUUUUAAAUUGGAGUGAUUGGCGGGAAAGUGAUUUGAGAGGAUUCGAUUUUCAAAAGUGUUAUUAAACGCAGUGUUUUAACUCUUUAAAUUUUUCAACACGUUUUCGGGGCUAUGCAUUUGUUUGAACAAGUGUGUUUUCUAAUGGAUUUAUUUUGAGAUUGUAUUCAAAACAUUGGGGCCGUAUUGCCUCAGUCAUUUCUACAGAAGGCUAGAGGCGUGCCGCAGGGUGCAAGUGUUGGUCACUGACAAUUAAGUUAAAUAAAACUGUUGUGGUUGUGACAGUGACUCAUUUUCUGUGAUACCUGGAUGUGUCUCCAGCGAGAUGAAGAAAAAAAUGAAGAAAUAGAUGAAGCGAGACAAAUGGUGCAGCUACCUAUUCUGGGUCCGGAAACAGCACUGAACUCAAGUCCGGGUGGUGCUGCGAAGCCGCCACCACUCAACUCAUUCGAACUGGACCGCUGUUUGGAUAGAGACGAGUCUGGGAGGUGGGGGGGAGAAGCGGGUCGGCGUCGCCGGCGCAGUUCGCCUCCGCGUCGCAGCCCUCCGAGAGACAAUGAACCACUCUCCCUGGCCAGGGGCUCCGAACCUACUUCUCCAACGGGUGGUUCAACCCAAUCCAGCCCAGCUCCUGGGUCACCAUCAGGAAGUGCCACUGCCGGGAACAGAUCUCCACUCCCUUUGGUUGCACCAGAUCUUCUGGCGAUGCAGCUAUUAGACCAACAUAGCCAGUUGCAAGCGUUGAUGAAGCAACGCCUCUUUCACCAACAUCAGAUGCAAAAACAGCAUAUGUCGUCCGAAGCAGCGAAAAGAUUAGAGCAAUCUCGUCUUCAGGACCAGAUCAAUCUAAACAUGCUCUCACAAUCGCAUCUUCCACCGCAAGACAACUCACCAGGCUCUCUACAGCAACAGCUUGGAGCUCAGCAACAACAGCUAGUGCAGCAGCUUCAAGCUGUUCAACGGCAGUACCUGAUGCAUGCUCCACUUUCCGUGCCUCCAAAUGCUCCCGGCUUAAUGUUAUGGGGCAGCGAAAUAGAAGAACACCCCUUAUAUGGACGUGGUGUUUGUAAAUGGCCAGGCUGUGAUGCACUCGCCGAAGACUUCCAAGCUUUCCUGAAGCACUUAGAAGCGGCCCAUACUCUUGACGAUCGCUCGGCAGCGCAGGCUCGUGUUCAAAUGCAAGUUGUAGCUCAACUUGAACUUCAACUUAGACGUGAGCGGGACCGACUUGCAGCUAUGAUGCGUCACCUCCACGCCGCCAGAGACACUCAUCAUCAUAAGCUGCCUCAUGGUGCUAAUGAAGGUGCCUCACCGGGUCCUGUCAGACGACGUGUUUCAGAUAAAUCGGGCGUUGCUAUCGCUGGAGGUCUGCCAUAUAUGCUCGAAAGAGCCGGACUAGAUGUUCAGCAAGGAAUUGAAAUGAUUUUUACAGAAAUACAAAGAAACCGAGAGUUUUACAAGUCGGCGGAUGUUCGGCCCCCUUUUACGUAUGCUUCACUCAUUCGGCAGGCAAUAAUAGAAUCGCCGGACAAGCAGCUAACAUUGAAUGAGAUCUACAAUUGGUUCCAGUCGACGUUCUGUUACUUCAGACGCAACGCUGCCACUUGGAAGAAUGCGGUACGUCACAACCUGUCGCUGCACAAAUGCUUCAUGCGCGUGGAGAACGUUAAAGGAGCAGUUUGGACGGUGGAUGAAGUAGAAUUCUACAAGCGGAGACCACAGCGAGCUGCGCACGCGCCGCCCCCGCCAAUGCAUCCUCACGCCGGAUUUAUGGGGGCACAGAGUCCGCCAAUGAUGACUAGUCCUCACGGAUAUAGUGAAGUUUUGAAAAGAAAUCUUCAGGGUAUGAUGGAGGAUUGCAAUUUGGCUUACAUGUCCGCUGACGAUCAUAUGAUGCAGACUGAAGACUACCCAUCAUCACAUGAAGAUUAUAGUCGCCCACCCAUGAUGAAUGGAUAUGGAAAUAGCAGUUCUUCUCACGAGGUCAAGGCAGAGGAUUUGAGCGCCAAUGAUUCACAAGAUAUUAAGCCAAAUAUUUUCGCUCUGAAGAACGAAAUGCAAGCUUCUGAUUAUUCCAAUAAAGAUUACUCUAAUUCAAAUAAAGAGUCUUUAAGCAAUCGUUCGAGUGAGACUAGUCCGUACAACGACUACGUACGGCCCGAAGACCGAUACCGCGCUUCUCUUUCUCAUAUCAAAGAUGAAGCUGAGAACCUGUCCCUAAAUGAACAGAGAUCAGACAAAUAGAGUGAUAAGUCAGAAAGAGGCUGUAGAAACGCAAAAGGCAAAAGAAACAUCGAAUUACAAGAGGAUAGUUUUGUUUUGUGUAGAAGAUUAAGAAUUUUGCGGAUGGACAGAAUGACGAACGAAUCUGUUGACACUAAGGUACCUUACGGGUAUAGUUAUUACGUGAAUCUUGUGUUCAACAAUGAAUUGCUUUUCAUCGGACUUUUGAAGUUGAGUCUUAACCAAAUAAUUUUUAUUUUCCCGCCCGGUUUUAACGGGACAAGUAUUAUAGUUAUUAUUUUUUAUUUACGUUUUUACAUUGUUAGCUGUUUUGAAUUAUUAGGCUAUUUAGUAUAAGGUUAGGGAAAGGUACAGUUGUAAUCGUGUGAAGGUACCCUAAAAGGUUCAUAUCAAUAUUUAAAAGUAUUUAAUCAUUACUUAUAAUAAUAAUAAGAACAAUAAGUAGAUGUAUUGGUAUAGAUGUUUUAUAGUACAUUAUAGCACGCAUGGCGUUUUGUUUUAAAUUUAUUUUAUUCCUUGUUAGUUUAAAUUUAUCUAUCACUAUAUACAAUGACUGUCAUAAUUCAUUUAAUUUUUUAUUUCUAUGUUUUUAUCUUAUUUUCAUUGUAGUCUACGAUCGUAGAUGUCUUACGUCCAGCAAUUCCACAGCUUUUUUUUAUUAUAAAAUAGAUAAACGUAUAUUCAAUAUUAAUAUAUUAUACAGUAGGUAUGGAUUGUAUUUAUAUGAAAUAAAUGAAAAUACAAGCCAUACUGGUCGACAGAAGUAUGAUAAAAUAAUUUAUUUAAUUAAAGCUCCUUAACUGUAAAUGUGAAUUUGUCACAGAAAAUAAAUAUCAAAAUUGAAUUAGAAAAAAGGAAACAGUCUGUUUAGACAACGUACUUUGAUCCUGAGGAGCGACAACUUAGCACACAAGCGGAAAAUCAGCUGUUACUUCUAGUAAACAAGCUCUUAACAAUUAGCGAGAACAAUUAGCAAGAAAUGAAAAUUGAUUUAAACAUUUCACUUGAACUUUUAGAAAGUUAAAUUAACAGUCAAUAACUUGAAACAAUCGCGUAAUCUUAAAGUUUGAACACAUUUAUCCCGGAAACUCGCGGUAAACUGAAUCAACAAACGCUCAACAUCGCGAAAAAAAUAAUGUGCGAGUGCAAUCAACUUUUGCGCAGAAAACUGGCAAUGCCGCGUUUUGAUCAAAUAUUCAAGCUCAUUGAAUCACUGACCUGGUGACUCAAUUCUACAGUACGUUAAAAUUUGCUUAAAAUGAAAAUUCUACUUUUUGACAAAAUUAAUGCACGGCUUUUGUUAAUUUGUAUAUCGUCAGCAAAUAUGCUAACAAGUAUGAACCAACAUUUAUUUCAUAUAUGCAAGAUCUAUACUGUAUAAUAUAAAUAUACGAUUUAUUGAUUCGAUAAAAUGGUCAAACAAGUGCGUUCUGAGAUUUUUUGGAUAACACAAAAACGGAGUUUUUUUUUAAUUGUGACUUAGAGCAGUGAACAAUGAAAUCUUAUAGGAUCCAAAACAUAACAUUUUUAUUAAUCCACCCGUUUCCCGUGCGUUGCAGUCUGUGUAAUCACGGGCAAUUAAAAUUAUUCUAUAUUUACUUUUUUAUACCCUGUCACACGCCCUGUACUUUUAAAACAACUUAAUCUAAUUCAAAAUAUAUGAAUACAAUCAAAAUGAUCAGUACUGAACUUUAGGAGAUUUGCGAUUUUGAAAAACGAAUUUUUUUAAUAAUUUUAUAUAACAUUCAAAUAUAGUUGGUAAAGAACUUAAAAUGGAAAAAAAUAAGCUUAAAACCAUAGAUAGAUGAUGAACAUCAGAUGCGUCACUAAAAUAACAAUAAUAAUAUGACAGAGACAUAAAUUAGAUUGUUAUUGAGAGUAAGCGAGAUACACGCGAUUUUUUGUUUGGACACAGUUCAUCGGCUCCCUACAAACAAUGGCUGCCGUGGUAAAAUACUAUUUAAUUUAAAUUCUAAUUGUUAAUAUGUAAUUAAGAAUUUGGUGUGAAUUCCUCCUCCCUGCGUCGUAAUCCUCAGUACUGAGGGUCGGGACCACCCCUCUGUAACACGUAUGUUUCUCACGUAUGAUCGCUCCCCAUCUAUUCCUUUCUGUGGCGGUGUGAAAGGCAUUGUGAACCGUAGCGUCGAGGGCGGAGCGGAUCUGGUCGGACCAUCGUGUUGGACUGCGUCCACGAGGCCUCCUCCCAUCUAUUUUGCCGACCACCAUGAGCCUCUCAAGGUUUCCAUCGUCCUUCCUUGCGAUGUGAGAAGUAUUCUAAAACUCUGCGCAGACAUCCGGAAGACAAUCGCGAGUAGAUCCUGAGUUUACGCAGUAUGGAGAGAUUAGAUCGAAAUGCUGUCCAGGGGAUACGGAGCAUCUUUCUCCAGCGCCACAUCUCAAAGGCGUCAAUGCGUUUGCGGUCUGCAGCUUUCAGUGUCCAAGUCUCAGCGCCGUACGAAAAUAUCGAGAAGACUAGGGUCCGUAACAGUUUGGUCUUAGUUUUUACGGAAAUGUGGCGAUCUCUCCAGAUUCUUCCAAGCUCAGACAUAGCGCUCCUAGCCAUGCCAAUUAUUCUGCGUAUUUCCCUCUCGCACGAAUGCACGGUGUGAAUUCAAUUAUUAUUAAAAUAUGGGACGUUGUUGUCUAUUACAUUCUACAAAUCGUUCAUAACGAAAACAUAACACCCGUCACAGACUAUUGCUAUCUCAUUCAUCUCUCUCAUAUAUGUGUGAAUCUAGUGUUCAUCUUCUAUCUACGCCUAAAACAUUAUAAAUUCACGGAGAAGAGGAAAAGAGCAUUGACGGAUUGAAGUGAAAAGAUUAUUAAAUAUAUUAAUUAUAUUGUGAUUAAAUAUUGACAUUUUUAUAUUAAAUAAUUACUUCAUAUUUAACUAACAAGGAAAUUAUCACAUACUGCAAUACACCGGCGUUUUAUUUUACAAUGUAUACGGAAUUGAAUUGAUCUGAAAUCUUUUGUAAGUGCCAUUGUUUUUGGUUGGUACGAAAUGUGAUUAUUUUGUCAUUAUUGUAAAUAUUUUUAUGUAAAUUGUUUAAGCGUUGUAAUAGGAUCUAUAAGUGUUUACUUAAUUACAUAUUAAAUCAUGUUGUAGAGAAUUUUAGUGCUUUUCAUGGAAAUCUAAACGCGCCCGGAAUUUUUGUAAAUAAUGGAAUUAGAGUGUUGUGUUGAUGUUAAUUUUGGACGAUUAUUUAAUUAAUUUGUAGCAAUUUAUCCAUCGGAUUUAAGGUGUAACAUUUAGGGGAGGUACGUACAAAAUGACAUAUAGUUUAGGUUUUGGGUCAUAACUCUUUAAUGGUAAAUCACAGCGCAUUCACAUUGCACACCAGUAAUCUUAGGUUACAUGUCUCUGAAUUAUAAUAGAUACUUAAAAGAUAAACAAACUAGAAACUAGAAAAAAUAAUAAUUUAAAAUUUAACUGAGAUCAAAGAAAUCCGUUUUGUCCAUAUGCUAUGGACAAAAUGGCACACCACAUACGGACUAAAUGAUAUACACGGCAAAAGUUAUAAAAUUAAAGACAAAGCUCGCAAAUGAACCGCUUGGUUCGUUUAGAAACAUUCGCGCAAGAAGCGUGGGCCCAAUGUGAACAUUUUAAACACCGCAACCAGUCUUCUCCAGGUUUUGAUCGCGAAUAAAGAUCGUUGCAAUAAAUACAUGCGCAAUCCUCUUCGUCAUCUUGAGCGUAGUUUGGCAAAUUUUCUUCUUCGCUGUCUUCUUGGAAUAUGGUUUUGGUAACCAUUCGUCUCUUCUUCUCUGAAGGAGCUUUAGGCUCAUUUUUUGCCUUAAUUUCUUUCAUAUUUGGAGUUGAAGUCAAAACUAAAGAGGUUUGCUGUUUCUUUCGCUUACGUUUGCCUUGGCCACUCACGUAAUGUCCUUUUGGGACAGGAGAUAUAACUUCAAUAGGCACUGCUAACGUAUAGGAUGAGGGAUGUUUUUCAUUACCAAUAGAUUCGCGUCAGUCCAAACAAACGAGAUUCAAGUAAUUUCAAAUGCUCAACUAAUUUUCUUUCCACAUCAGGUGGAAAAGUAGCUUUCCAACAUCCUAGACCCUUUGCACAGGACUCCAAAGUUUUGUUACUAUCCAAAGCAUGUCUUCUUAGAGUUGCUUGUGGUACUCCAAAUGUCUUCGACGCUAAAAUCCAGCCCAUUUUGUUACUGCGAACUGCUUCCAUAGCUUUACGCAUUGAUUCCUCACUCCAGGAUUGACGAUCAGUCGUCCGCUUAUAAUUACGCGGCAUUAUCUGUAAAGAAAUUAACAGCUGAUUAACGAGAAACAGAUAUUGAGUACCUACAAUUAACUCAUUGAGUUCUUAUGGACAAAACGACAUACCUAUGUCAUUUUGUCCGUUACAUAUGUAUGUCAUUUUGUCCAUAAAACGUUAUAAAAAAUAAAAAUUCAACAAUAAAUUCAAAAUGAUUAUUAUUUACGGAAAAAACUAUUAGAAGGCAACAAUAAUUACUUAAUGGAUGUAAUAAAUGUAAACACAAGAUAAUAUUAUGAAAAACAUAACAUUAAUACACAAAAAUCCCUGCAUUAAAUAAAAACUCGUAACUUACCAAUGUUUAUCGUCGGCCAUAACACCCAAACGAAAGACUGGCGCGAGUUCACGUUUUGACAGGUUCGUAUUUCCGGCUAGAGUCACGUGAUGGAGUUAUCUAUGGCGGACUAGAAACGUCAGAAUUUGAAAUAUGAUGCCUGUGUCAUUUUGUCCGUAUAUGUCAUUUUGUACGUACCUCCCCUAAUUUUAUAUGACACUAGCUGACCCGACAGACGUUGUUCUGUAUAUAAUAAAUAAAAUAAUGUUUUUAUAUGAAUUUGUAUUGACAUAACAUCAAAAAUUACUUCGUAAAUUAUACACUCUGCUGUCGCAAUGAAAUUGUUUCACAGCAGAACUGUCAAACCGUGCGUCAAUAAAUUCUCUCAUAGAAAUUAUGUAUGGACACAUCAAAGGAAAAACAAAUUUGUGGUUUUUAUUUAAUUUAGCUGCAUUUUCCUAUUUAUUCACCUUUUAAAUCUUCUCUGGACUUCCACAAAUUAUUCAAGACCUAAAUUUGCCAAAUCGGUCCAGCCGUUCUCGAGUUUUAGCGAGACUAACGAACAGCAAUUCAUUUUUAUAUAUAUAGAUUAAUAUACAUUAUAAGCUUCGACUGCUAUAUCUAUACAUUGCCGCAUUUACUCCAGCCGUUUCAAAAAUUCUUGGUCAAUAAGCAGCAAUAUAAAUCAUUUAUUCAGUUCAGAUUCUAUUCGGACCGUGACAGUUGACACACGACUAACGGCCGUUUUCAAUAACCUAUCUAUCCUUAGUUUUAGAGAGGUACAAAUGAUUUAUGUUUUCUUUAGUGUUAGAGUCUCAGUCAGACUGACACUGUCUCGUGCCAGAUUUUGGCGGGACAACACGUCCUGAGGAUGCCCCGUAUAGAGGCGAAACACGUGUCGAAAUAGAGGUAGAAAAAUCUAUCCGUUAACGCUUACUUGCAUUUCAAUAACCUAUCGACAUAAGGCAUUGGACUAUAACUAUAUUGGACAUAACUAUGGAUAGAUAAGAUGUUGUCACUAAACGGUGAUAGCAAUGUAUCCGUAACUAGAGAUACGUUAUUGAAAACGGCCGUAAAGAGAAAAGUGUGCCUACAUUGUCUUUAAGCACACUGUUGCCGUUCCGCUAACAGACUGCGAAUGAUUUGUCCUUAUAUAUAUAUAGAACGUCAUAUGUGUUGUGUUGUGUAUUGGCGAUAUUACAAUUGCAAAAAAUUGCAUUAAAGCUCUUACAUGUUUUGUUUUUUCAGUGUCAUAUUUGAUUUAUUCUCAAGCCGAAACACGGAUUAAAUACAUACGUACCUUUUUCAACUACUUCGGGAAAGUUAAGGCUUAAUAACAAAAAAUGGCGAAAAUAUCAUCAUUAACAGUAUUUAAGAAAAUAUUUAUAUAUAAAACUAGCUGACCCGACAGACAUUUUUCUGUACAUAAUAAAUAAAAUACUGUUUUGUGUGAAUUUGUCAAUCAUAAUUCAUUAACAUCAAGAAUUAUUUCGUAAAAUAUACUCCCUGUUGUUAUAAUGAAAUUGUUUCACAGCAGAACUGUCAAACCGUGCGUCAAUAAAAUCUCUCACAGAAAAUAUGUCCAUACAAAACCAAUAUGGGAAAUAAAAAAUGUUAUGGGUCCCAAAUCGAAAUAAAAACUAUCCUAUCUCUCAAGUUGGACUAAACUGCACUCCAUGAAGUAAUCCCUAUUAAAAUCCGUUCAUUAGUUUAGGAGUUCACUGGAAACAAACAUUAGGACACUGGAUUUAUAUGUCAUAAGAUUAACAAUAUUUUAAUUAACUGUUACAUUUUUAAAUGUUUUUUUUUUAAUUUAUUUAGUGGCACGGGAUGCAAAUCCAUGGGCCUUUCAAUAAAUCAUUGCCCUCUGACUAACGCCAAUGGGUUACCACAACGUUUUUUUGUGAGCCGUUUAGAUUUUAAUUGAAAUAAGCAAUAGAUAUAGUAGUAAAUUGUAAUCCGAUGGUGUUUAUUUUUUGCAUUUUAAUUUGAGUGCAUUUAAAUCCGAGAUAAUCUUAUAAAGGGUGAAUAUCAUAUCACAAUGUAUAGUAAUAAAUGGUAGAAAAUUUAAUGUAUUCCAAGCAUUUACAGUAGAAAUUUAAUAUAGCACUUUUCGACUUAGUAAAGUAAUGAAAUAGCUCUCCGGAAUUCGACUUAAUCCGAAUAUGUUUUAAUUAGUAUAUUAAUUGUUUAAUUCUACCAAAUUUCCUGUUUGGUUAAUCGUACAAUUUGAGUACUUUAAAGGAAUUGACUUUUGAAAUUAUUUUUAUAAUUCACAUUUUAUUGAAUUGUUUGUGGUAUUUUGAAUGGUCUGGAAUUCGUUAAUAUUGUUUCUUUAUAUUAUGGUGUCUAAACCUCAGUUUCAAUGUUACUAUUGUUUUUUAUCUUGAUCAUCUAGAAAUCCAAUCCUUUUUGCAUCAUUUCCAAAGAUUUACAAGCGCUGGCGACAGUAAAUAAACACACGUAUAGAAAUAAUUAACCGUGAUCAGAAGAAAAUAUUCAAAAAUAAAAUACAUAAUACACAAUAACAAAUUAUUAUAUGUUAUGAUUUUAAACUGAUAACCCUCACUUCUGGGAUUAAUUACACAAAUAAAACUGAAAUGAAAAUACUAUUAACGAUGCGGGUUAUUAACUGUAUAGUAGAUCCUGUAGAGCCAUAACCUGAGAGUUGAACAUGCAAGAUUUUAUCAACGAUACGUCACUAUAUAUAUAAAUACGGUUGGCUCAGUUGAAAAGUUUCCAUGCUUCCCGUGUGGUCCCAUUGUAAUUUGGUCCAGAUCUGACAUUGGCAUCCAUGAGAAAACCAUAAAAGUCUUUAAUUUGCUAAACAUACGUAUAGCAAAGUGGAUGAUAAAUUUUUAGUGAUUAAUGAUAGUGACCCUAACUUCUGGGAUUAAUUACACAAAUUAAAUUUGAAAACAAAAUUUAUGAAAGAUACAGGACUCCACCCACUACCUCUCGCAUUCCGUGCGAGCACUCUUCCACUGAGCCAACUAUUCGAGUGAUGUUAAGUUCAUAAAUAACUCUGAGAGUUGAACAAAGAUAUACCAAGAGUACAUAUGGGGCGAAUCGGAUCAAAAUAAGAAAUCUUUGAUAAUUCAAAUAUCUCUCUCACCCCGCACCUCCCGACAUAGGCAGUAUUUAGAUCGCGCUUGUGAAUUAGUGUCGAUUGAUACUUCUUACGAUUUUAUCAAUAAAAAUAACACUUAAGUAUGAUUUGCUCAACCUCAAUGAAAAAGUAAUCCGUUUCGGUCUACCCUACAUGGAAAAAAUGAUAUUAUUCACUUCACCGCAUGGGUAGAGGUACCCAUAUCCUUCCUAUAAACAUUUACAUUAUGUCAGUUAGUCGUGAAUGGAUACGGUACUUUUGAUUGGUAAUUGUUUAAGUGUUUGCACCUGUUUUAUGUCAUUUACGUUUAAUGUUUUAUACAUACAUACAUAAAAUCACGCCUCUUUCCCGUAGGGUUAGGCAGAGACCACUUCUUUCCACUUGCUACGAUCCUUACAUACUUGUUUCGCUUCGUCCACUUUCAUUAUUCCUUUCAUACAUGCUCUCCGGUUUAGGGUACUCUUGACCUGGCCUUUUUUCAAGACGUCCCUGAUUUGAUCUUGAAACGUCCGCCUAGGUCUACCCCUUCCAACACUUUCAUUCACACUGGCCUUAUGUGUAAAAGGUCUAUGUGUAUAUAUUGACGAAGAAAGUGUUUUCAUCGUCAAUCAUUCUUCAUUCAUUCUCUCGACAUGUCCAAACCAUCUCAGCAUAAGAUUUUAUAGCCUCUUCAUAUAGAAGCAACGUUGAGUGUGUAUGUCAAUUCAUUCGAAGUUCUAACUGAAAGAAAUUCUUUUUUGCACUCUUUUUAAAUAAAAUAUACUUUAUUUUACUGUCGUUGCUAUUGCUAUAAAAUAAUCAUAAUCUAGUCCCAGGCUGUCCGAUCAUUUAGAUAUUCAGCUAGUAGGAUUUACGACAGGGCCAUUUUUUAUAAAACAUUUAAAUUUAUUUAUAGAUAAUGCCUGAACAGUGGCUGGGACUUUAUUAUAUAAGUGUAUACAUUUACCUUUAAAGCUAUUAUGUAUCUAAUAAACAUUCUUUCCUAAUAAGAGAAAUAAUAUAAUAUUUAUACCAGACCAUUCAAAAUUAUCAAUUUUAUUAUUAUAAAGUAAUAAAAAAGACAGUUGCCAGUUGUAUUUGUAAGAUGUUUUCGUACCAAUUAGGCAUUUUAUUUAGAUUGUAUUUAGAUAUAAUUUUAGAUUCACGAACGGAGAUUUGUCUCUUCAUUUAAUGAUCAUUGUAAAUUAUACUUAGUGUUGUAUUAAACCAAAUUAUUACAAAUAUA